UCUUAAAAGAGAAUAAAUACACUCGCUCUGAACGCUAAUUUAUCAAAUAAAGAAAGAGAGCUUAAACUAAAAAGAUUAUAACUAAUUUGCAGGGGUUGUUGUUUGUGUGACACCAUCUGCGUUUUUUAAAACAAAGUUUUUGCAGUCUAAGCUAAAAUUACAAUGGGCACUGAACAGCUAGAAAUCCCUCGCGAACAGUGGAAAGUGCUUCGGGAUUUAUAUGCCGGCGAUCGGACAAACCUCACGGGUUUCGACCUAAUCGAAUACUUUAUACACUACAAGCCAUCUUCUAAAGACGAGUCCAUAAAAGUUUUUACAACUGAUAAGGAUUGGCACUCCCAUGGCAGCUAUGUACUCAUUCAUCAUUUAGAUAGCAAGGCAUUUAUUUACUUGAACACCGAGAAGGGCUCUCUGGAUGAUCUAAUGUCUUUGUUGUGUUCUUUGAAUAUAAAAGUUUUUCACUUGAUCUGCGGCUAUGAAGAACGUUUUAAGCCACUAGUUGAACAAUAUUGGCUAAAAUUGGGUAAAGAUUUAAGUGAACUGGAGCAUCAAGAAACUAUUGUUUAUCAUCUGAAAAGUUCUGAAGUACCGAAAUGGAAAGCGGGUUUGAAUCCCUCAAUUCAUGUUGGUUAUCUGAGUGCAAAUUAUGCCGCCUUGGUCGAUCAACACUGGGCUUAUCGCUCAGCCGAUUCUUUGUCCCUGAUAAAGGGGAAUAUUGAGAACAAUGUGGCUGCUGGUGUUUUCAAUAAACAUGAUGAACCACUAGCCUGGUGUCUAAGAUCUCCCAAUGGCAGUCUAAGCAACUUGCAUGUACUAUCCACCCAUCGGCGUCAAGGCUUGGGUUCUUUGGCAGUCCUUUUUAUGGCCAGUGAAAUCAAAGCCACUGGCUCCGAAGCUUUGACCACAGUGGUACCCGAAAAUGAGAACUCUAGGAAAAUGUUUGAAAAAUUGGGUUUUAAAGCCAUCAAUAAAGUAUACUGGGCAGUGAUGCCUACUUUUUCUUAA